AGAAGGAGAAGCUUAUUUUGAUUCACAGCCUUGACCUGAAAAGGAACUGCUGCGCUUUGUAUCAUGUGAUUCUGCAGUCUCUCUUUGCUUCUCUGAGGGGGGAACCUCUGUCUUUUCUGAACUGCAAAGCUGAGCAGCCACAAAACAAUGAAGCUGAAACAGGUUUAUCUCCUGCUGGGAAUUUCCUUCCUGCUCUGCAUCUCAAGCCUUCCCACAGCCUUCGGCGUCCAUUACUCGGUGGUCCAGUUUCCAGCAGAGGUCACUGCCAUCGUGGGAGACAACGUCACCCUGAAAUGUGCCUUCUCCAUCCAGACUGGGAAGCCCACUUCAGCCAAGGGGGGAAUGUCCUGGUUGAAAGGCCCAAGGACGGCAGAAUCUGUGGUGGUCCCAGGACCCCGCUUCAGCCUGUCUUAUCCAGACACCUUCCUCAGCCCAGGAGAGGGACUGCUGGUCAUCACCAAUGUCUCCUUGGAGGAUGCUGGGAGCUACACUUGCCAAGUGAUGGUGUUGGGUGAAGAGGAGAUGUGUGGCAAUGGGGUCAAGCUCCAUGUUUAUGCUCGCCCCACCCAGCCGGUCGUUUUCCUGCAACUCCAGACUCAGCCUGAAUCCAAAUGGACCCUCGUUUGCAGAACGGGAGGCUUCUACCCUGCUCCGGUGCGGCUCACGUGGUAUCAUUCUGGACUCCAGCUGAAUUCCUCCCAGCAGGAUUGUACAGAUCCCACCGGGUUCUCCCAGGCUUCUAGCUUCUUAGGUUUGCCUGAUCCUGACCAGAGGGCGAGCUACACUUGCAGCGUGGAGCACCCAUCGGUGUCCGAGCCGAUAAGCGUUCAGUACUCUUAUGAACCACAGAGCCGGUUCUCUUCCCCUCCCUUGGUGAUUGAAGUUCUGAACCUGCUGAAGAUUGGGGUAAUCUUUGGCAUCACCAUUGCCCUUCUUGCACUAGGGUGCAUAGAUUGUUGCAAAAAGCAUUUGAGAAGAUCUUCGGUAGGUCAGGCUACAGAACUGCAACAUCAGGUCCUAGGAUCUGACAUCAAGGGGUACUUCUAAGGGCAGAGGCAGAUAUAGGUUUUUAUAGAAGAAUCAGGCCAGUUUGGAAGGACCUCCUCGGCAUUCCAGAUAAGCAUUCCUAUUCAUUUCCAGGGCUGAAGUCAGGUGUGGAUGAGAGAUUUAUCGCUCUGCAUAUUUGUAGCAAAAUCCAGCUGUGGACAGCACCUAUUGGCUAGUGCCGUACAUGUUGCCAAGGCACUUCUCCGUGUACCCGCUGGAGAAGAUUUGCAGCUGUGUUUACAAUGUUUUCAUUUAAACAUAUAGGAACUGGUGAAUAUAUAGGUGGCGAUUUUU